AUGGGUCACCUCUCACAAAUCGAAGCCGUCAUGGAAGCCUACGACGACAUCCUCUACCACUAUCCAGAUGACGGCGAAGAUCCUUUGAACAUGCCCAAGAAAGAAGUUAUUGUAAAACAAAAGGCGGAUUUCAACUACUGGGCAAUACAUUCGGGCGUGUGCAUGCCAGAAAUUGACCUUGAACACGAGUUCGAACGGGAAGCGAUAAAAGGACUUGACGACUUCAUCGAGACUGCACAUAAACUCGAGAGACUAUACCAAGAAGAUCCAAGUCCUAAUGUCAUAUGGCUGGCUGACGAUUACGUGGCCUCGCUGUCACAAAGGCUGAGCCAACUGGCUCAUACAUUCGGCGUACUUGUACCUUCAUUGCAGGACACAGGGACGGCUUCUGGGCAGUGA